AAUGGCGGCUGGGAGUGCAGGCGGUAGCGGCCGCAAUAGUGGCUCGUCUCCUGCCCUGGAGUCAACGUUAGACCGUCGCUUUCAGUCUUUAACCAACACCAUGGAAUCCAUUCAGGGACUAUCCCUCUGGUGCAUCGCAAACAAAAAAUACCACAGCGUGGUCGUGCGGCACUGGAUGAAGUGGAUGCGCAAAUCGGAAGCGUCCCACAAGCUCAAUCUCUUCUAUCUGGCUAAUGAUGUCAUUCAGAACUGUAAAAGGAAAAAUGCCAUAGUCUACCGCACAACCUUUACUGAUGUGCUGCUAGAAGCUAUCAAGCUUGUCAGUGCCAUGAAGGAUUCUAAAAUGAUCAAGUCUGUGGGAAGGACCCUGUCCAUUUGGGAGGAGAGAAGUGUCUAUUCAGAAGAGUUCAUCAGUCAGCUCAAAAGAGGACUAGUUCAGACAGCAAAACCACCAAAAGUUUCAGCUCCUGUCAACUCCAAAGCUGCCCUGAAAUCCAAGAUUGUGGCUGAGUUUGUGCCCUCAGCGUUUAUCGAGCAUCUAUCCAAGUACAGGAAAUCCAUGGAUGAAAUUGAGCUUAAAGAGAAACAGUUAGCAGCAAUGCGAGUGGAUGUAUGCAGUACAGAGGCUCUUAAGAAAUUAAAAGACAAGGCAGGAGGUAAGAGGUUCUCCAGAGAUUUUGAAGAUGGGAGCACAAAGCUUCAGGAGUUCAUUUCCUUUCUGGAUGGUGAGGUCAAAAAAGGCAAUCCCUUGAUGGAAGCUCUGGAGAACGCAGACAUAUUCUACGAGAUGCAAUACAAAGAGGUCAAGAUUGUUGCUAAAGCCUAUGAGACAUUUGCAAACCGAGUUUCACACCUUAAGCGAAAGCUUGAUGCACUGAAGGCUAUGGUGCCUGAUCCAAAUGACUCUCCCAUCCCCUCCCCCAUUGAAGAUGCCCCUUCACCCACGGGCUCAGAUUCACCCUUUCAUUCCCUGGGUAAGAUUGGUACCCCUGACUCAGAGCUGGAUGGACAGGCAAUGGAGGAGGACCUGAUGGCUCUGGGAGAUGCUCCCAGCCCCCUUUCUUCUGUUGGGGGUUCCCCAAAACCAAGUGAACCUUUGGGAGACAAAGACAAUCGUGACGUAGAGGACAUGGAUCUCUCAGAUGUAGAGGAGACUGAAACACCUGCCAUCAUAGUAGAGGAAAGUGUGGUUCCUGCUGUUGUGUCCAAGCCGUCCUUGGACGAAUCCUUACAAGCUAAGGAAGGCACUCCAACAAAGCAGACCACAGCCCCCACAGUGACGGUUCCCUCAUCAAUACAGUCAUUGCCAGUGAACUUUGCUGGUGUUGAUCUAGGCAAGAUCAGUUCCAUCCUGAGCACAAUCACAAAUGUUAUGAAAAACUCAGCUGUAGGAGUUAGUCCCAUGUCUCAAGCUUCCCCGAAUGUACCUUCAACUACAACCUCAACUACAACCUCAACUCCGAAGAUGCCCACUUCUCCUUCAGCCAACCCACUGGCCAGCUUCCUGUCUAGGGUGGACAUCAACCCCAACACCCUACUUGGCGUCCUAUCCAAAACACAAACCCAAGGUGGUCUUCAGGGUCUGUCAUCUUUACUAAACAACCAAGCUGUAAAAACCACUGCAAUUUCAACUUCAAAUCCUGAAAUGCCAUCCCUCACCCCUCCAUAUACAGCACAGUCUCAAGCAUCUCCCAAAGUCAUACCUACUUCAUCUGGUGUCCCAUUGGCCAGAGACGCCAUCCCUCAAGGAUGUGUGGUUCCUAAGUCUUCCCAAUCAGAUAUAUUGAACGAGAAAUUAAAUCCUAGCUCUGAACUCAACUCCAAUCUGGACUCCAAGAUCGAUAACUUCCUCCAAGGGAAACCAUGUAUAAAAGGAUUGAAUUUGGGCUUUCCAUCUAUUCUGCCAUGGCCAAAGGGAACUGUUGAUAGCCCCUUAACAAGUGCAGAAAACCUUGGUGGAACUCCCAUAAGGGACGAGGCUGGUGCCACACCAACUCAAGAUGAGAUUAUGGAUGUCCCAAAAUCAGAGCCCUUACUAUAUCAAGAGGGACAAAUGGUGUCUACAGCCACAGCUGGAGUGGAGCAAAACUUUCAUGCUGAUCCAAGAUCGCAAGCUGGUACAGAAAUUAAUCAGAACAAUGGACAAGUAAAAAAGGUCUCCCAAAGCUCAGUGCCCUCUCUUGCAGAGGCAGAAGCCAAACGGUAUAAAUUCAUUGAAGCUAUGCGGUCCACUUCUGUGCCCAGCAACCAGCAACCUUCAAGCAACAGACCUGGUGCCAUACAUCAGUUGCCAAUACAGAACCCUUUAAUCAGUGAUGCAGGACAAGAAGGUAACUUGUAUGGUGAGGUGUAUCAACAUGGUCAAGAGCAGCGAGUGAUGGCCAGCUCAAAUGCGUACGGAGCAGAGUCGUACCAUGCCCAAGAACCAAGACAGGAUAUUGCCGAGCCAACCUUCUUCACCUCACCUCUACCACCUAUCCCAAAUCUUCCGCCCCCACCUCAAGACUUCUUGCCUUCAGUUUCUUCCUUAAAGCCAGGUGGUUCUCACAUUCACAUGGAUUUGCAAGAACCUUACAGUGAAGCUGAAACAGGUGUUGAUAGCUCUUAUGGCCCGGCCAACUCUGAUUAUGAUGAGUGUUUGUCUCAUGAGGUUCCAAACAGGGAGCCUUUCCAUCCACAUGGGGAUGGGGCAUCUUACUCUGCUCUUCCACCACACCAUGUCCCCAAAAUCCUACCAAAUGAAACGGUGGAUUACAACCAUCAACAUCUACCAAGAGUGCCUCUGCAGCACCCUCCAAGUAUGCCACGUCACCACAUUGGGUCUCCUCCUCCAGUAAGGGGCUACCAUGAAGACAGAAGUCCUCCACAACCCAUACCUGAUGAUCCGUACUUUGACCCAUAUCAUGAUCAUCCACCUCGUAGCCCCUCUCCUCCUCAUUAUGACAUGCACCCUGUUUCCCCUUGCGCACUUGAGUAUUACCCUGAAGAGAUGCCACCUCACUAUCCAGAACACAGGGUUCACCUUCACCUAGAGCACAGGCUUCCACCACCACACUUUGUCCAUGCACCUCACCCUGGGCACUAUCCACCUCCUCUGCACCUCCGUCGACCACCACCAGUUCCAUAUGAACAUGAACCGCCCUUCCCCAGAGGCAAGCGUCCUGGUCCACCUUUUGGAGGGCCUCCUAGAGGUGCUGGUCCUUUGUAUCCUCCUAAAAGACCCUACCUGCCUCCACAUUAUUGAAAUGUUUCUUAUUGUGGUUCUUAAGCUCAGGUGUUUUGUGCAUGUCGCAAUGAGCAUCUGAGAUGAAGGUGUAGAAGUCCAAGUGCUGUUACAAAAUAAAUUAUCAGCAAGACAAAUGUUGCUGUAUACAACAAUGGGGAGGAUGCUGAACACAUUCACAAGAUCACGAUAGAGAUAAGUGCUAAUUUAUUGAAGCAUCUGUAUAUGCAAGCAGAUAACUCAUUGGUCUACAAGUGACUUUGGCAAGAUCUGAGGAAAAAGCAAUUAAGAGAGGCAAGAUGAAGUCAAGCAGCACUGGAGCAGAGAAAUGGAAAGUGUCUCUGGCGAGGAAUAAUUGCUGGUCGAUUGACAUGGAGUCUGAAGACAAAGACAAAACAAGAGGUGGUUAUUCUACUUCGUUUCAUUCAUUCUUGUUUAUUUCCCUAUAGUUUUUAGUCCAGCUCUAUGUACAGUUAAAAUGAAAGUUUAACACAAAAUGUCCUUUCCCUUUCUCAGAAUGCAUUUGCACAUGUCUUGCAUAUAUAUUUUGGGAAAAAACACAAUGUUUGUUUUUUUUGUUCGCCGUUUAAUUAAGACAGAUUUUUUUUUUACUUCCGUAGUUUAGUUCUACUGAUGAUCAAGCUAUAUUGUUAUGCAAAGCUGGUAGUUUUCACCACAUGUUGUUUUGUACAUGAAAUUAAAUGUACCUCUAACAGGUAGUUAAGCUUCAUUAUCGUCUUUCAUGGAGAAACAACAAUGUAGAGAAAAAGUAACCUUUACAGUUUUGAGGGAACACGCUGAGGUAUAAAGAGGCGAGCCAUUUUUGCCUACACUGGCAGAAGAUGCAGAAGACAAGAAGCUGAUUUAUUAUCGGGAAGGAACAUCGUGGCCUCCCUCAGAUCCCUGAGGCUUUUACUGUACUGACUUAAAUAAAGAUGUGUUUGGAAAAAACCACAGUGGGGGAGAAUGGUCUUAACCAUCAUGUCUUUGAGUCUUUUCAUCUCAGUUGCAUCAGUGACUGAUUUCUUUUGCUUUUCACAGUAUUAUUAAUUAAUAAUUAAUUAUAUAUUCUCAUCAAUAAAACGCGAUCAA